GUCGCGCCGUCGCCACUGCGCGUUCGGCCUAUGGGGACGUAGCCGUGGCAUACAGGACUUACUUAAGAGCUCAAAAGAUGUGCUAAAGUUUUUGUUAAAAGUGUAUGAACGGCGUGGUGGAAUUGUUUUCCGUUUGCACGCGCGGGAAAACGCUGCGUGAAGAAGUCGCGGCACGCAUGAACGACGACGAUUCCGCCUUGGGUUCCGGGCUGCGCAUCCGUUAUUCUGAAAAGUGCCGUGCAUAACGCGCGUUGCCCCCUUCAUUGAUGAACGACUCCGAACGAUGCGCGACGGGCGGUACACGAGUCGCCAAGUUUGAAUAGGAGACUCACGAUUCCUAUCCACCGAUCGCGGCAGCAUGGGUGCUUUCGCACGAAACCGCCUCCGUCGUUUACGCCCACGAAUGGAAGAGGAAAUAGUAGUAGACGAUAUAGAUGAGAAUAGUGCUACGGAUACGCAGCAGGUGGAUGAUGCAACCACGUCUGUAAUGCCACUGUUAUAUAUCCAACAAAAUAAAGUACGUUCUACCCAAUCGACAAAUAUAAAUCAAACUAUUGUUUCACCUAACACACAACUCGCUGCCAUUAUUAAUCCAGUUAAUAAUCAGAUUGUGACUGGACAAAAUAAGGUAUUUAUACAAGGGCCAAGUCAGGUAGCUACAUCUCAAAAUAAACAACACAUCGUAAUUCAUCGUCCGAUAAAUACUGUGAGCACUGCUACUUCACAAGCUCAAAAACACAUUUUACUUAGAAAGUCAACAUCUACUGCUCAGAUAUUGCCCUUAAAUACGACGCAAGGAAAUCAAACCAAUGCGCAAGUGGGAAAGCAUACAUUUGCAUAUUUGGGAACCCUCAUUAAACCUAACAAAUCACGAGAAUCUGUUGUUAUACCUGCAGGGACUUUAACACCGGCUCAAAUAACGAAACCCAAAUUAGUAAUUACUCCAGUAAUAUCACAAUUAACUCCAGCACCAGCAAGUACCACAAGUGGCUCGCAGGGUCAGGGUCCUAAACAUAUGGCGAAUUUAAUAUUACCAGUGAACAUUUCCCAGCAAAGUGGCACCACAAAACCUAGCAUGUUCAAUUUAAAAAUUAAUAAUGGUCAACUUAGUACGGAAAGCAAAGGUACCAUAACAGUGUUACGUGAAUCAAAAACGACAAAUUCAACGACACAUCCUCCACCAUUGCAUCCAAUAAAAAUGGGCCUUUUAAGUGCAAACAAGAACAAUUCUAAUUCCAUAGAUAGUAUAAAAAUCACUGAAAAUCCGGAUUCAGCCGUUAUCACGCCAAUUCCAAAAAAGGAAGAUAAUCAACCAGAAAAACGGAAAAAGACAAUUAGCAACAUAUUACGAGGUUCUACUGAAAAACGGAUGAAAAAGCAACAUAUUCCAAAAUCUCCGCAAGACAGUCUAGCUGAUUCUAAUUAUGCAUUGAGCAGUCCAGAGUCUGAACAAGACAAAGAUAAAAAGACUCAAAAUGACGAUGAUAUUACAUUGAUUAAAGUUAUCCCUAGUGAGGAUAAAGUUUCGAAACUUAAUACAAAUAUGGAUGAUGAUAUAAGAAUAGAGAUAAUUAAAACUCCAAUAAACUGUAAUACUGAAAUAACGCCAGACAAUAAGAAUGAAGCAAAGAGUAACAAUUGUGAUGAAACAAAAGAACAAUUGAAUCAGAAUAAUACUCCGAAUCAGAACAACACGCAUUUUGAUGCGUCUAAAAUUUUGGACUGGAAAGAUGGUGUUGGUACUUUGCCUGGAAGUAAUUUACAGUUCCGUAUGAAUGAGUUCGGCAUUAUGGAAGUAGUAGAUGAAGAUGAAAGUAGUAAACAAAAUAAAGAUGGCAUAGGUGAUAAAGAGAAUGUGUGUUUAACACAAAAUUCCUCAAAAACUAGCUCAGGAAUUGUUAAUAAUACUAAUAUAGAAAAAAAAGCUGAUGAAAGGAAAUCUAGAUCGGUAAAUGCAGAUACUGUGUAUCAUUGCGAAGCUUGUGGAUGUUAUGGAUUAGCUGCUGAAUUUGAAAGUCCAAUAUCAUGUAGUCCUUCCUGCACAGAAGUGAUAGAGGCUAAAAAACAGCCUGCAAAUCGAAAGGACAAGGAUCCAAAAGAAGUACGCAUAAAAAAGAAACGCAAAAAAUUAUUACAAGAGUCACAAUUAUUACAAGGAUCAAAAGAAAUAGAUGAAAAGUCUGAUGAAAAGACACAAGAUAAGACAAAGGAAAUAGAUGAGGAAAAAGAGGUAUUGGCAAGUAUAGAUGACGAGAUCCAAGCAGAUUCAUCAGAAUCAAAGUUUCCUUGGCAAAGAGGAAAAUCAGGUUUUUCAUGGCCAAAGUAUCUUGACCAUUGUAAAGCAAAAGCGGCGCCUGUUAAGUUAUUCAAGGAUCCCUUUCCCUAUAGUAAAAAUCAUUUUAGAGUUGGAAUGAAAUUGGAAGGUAUAGAUCCGGAACACCCUUCUCGAUAUUGUGUUCUAACCAUUGCCGAGGUUGUAGGUUACCGAAUGCGUGUGCAUUUUGACGGUUAUCCGGAAAAUUAUGAUUUUUGGAUAAAUGCAGAUAGUAUGAAUAUAUUUCCUGCUGGGUGGUCUGAAAAAAAUGGCAAGAAAUUAGAUCCACCAAAGGGUUACACAUCUGGAAACUUUAAUUGGAAUGCAUAUCUAAAAAUCUGUAAAGCGCCUGUGGCAGCAAAGAAUUUAUUUCCGAAUAAAGGUGCCUUGCAAACUGUCUUUCCCACAGGCUUUCGAGUGGGCAUGAAGUUGGAGGCAGUGGAUAGAAAACAUUCUUCAUUACUUUGUGUCGCUAGUAUAGCAGGUUUAAUGGAUUCUCGAAUAUUAGUUCAUUUUGAUUCUUGGGACGAGGUGUACGAUUAUUGGGCUGAUGCGAGUUCACCAUAUAUUCACCCUGUUGGAUGGUCUCAUCAUAAUGGACGCGCCUUGAUGCCACCAAAUACUUAUAAGGAUGCCAAGUCUUUCUCUUGGGACGCAUAUCUGAAAGACACCACCUCAAUGGUUGCUCCAGCUAGAGCAUUUAAGCAACGCCCACCGUGUGCAUUCAGACGUGGUAUGAAAUUGGAAGCAGUGGAUAAGCGAGUGCCACAAUUAAUUAGAGUGGCAACUGUAGAGGAUGUGAAAGACCACCAAUUGAAGAUUAAGUUUGAUGGCUGGCCCGAUAAUCAUGCCUAUUGGGUUGAUGAUGAUUCACCUGAUAUUCAUCCUGUGGGUUGGUGUGUAAAAACUGGUCAUCCAUUGGAACCUCCACUUAUAGAUCAAUUGACUGAUCGACCGGAAUGUGGCACAUAUGGCUGCCGAGGUAUAGGACAUAUAAAAGGACCUAAAUUUGCAACGCAUAAUUCAGCAUCUGGUUGUCCGUAUUCUCCUCAAAAUUUAAAUAAAUCAGUCCAGUUGCUUGACAGAUACAGUUUGGCGAAAAACAAUGACUCCCACGAAGCCGAUGAUCAUGAAAUGGAGAUACAGGAAAAAUCAAAACUAGAGAAGACUGACAAAAAAACAGAAAAGUCCCAAAAAUUCGAUAAACUUGUGCCCUCAGACGAUGGAAUAUUAAUGAUCGAGAAGGAGAAAGAUGGCGAUUCGUCGGAGAAGAAUGAUAAAUCUGGAAAUACGUCAGAAAAUGAUAAAUCCGAAAAUACAUCGGAAAAUAAUAAAUCUGAAAAUAGAUCAGAAAAUGAUCAAUCUGAAAAUAGAUCAGAAAAUGAUAAAUCUGAGAAUAGAUCAGAAAAUGAUGAAUCUGAAAAUAGAUCAGAAAAUGAUAAAUCAGAAAAUGAGAAACCUGAAAAUAGAUCAGAAAAUGAGAAACCUGAAAAUAGAUCAGAAAAUGAUGAAUCUGAAAAUAGAUCAGAAAAUGAUAAAUCUGAAAAUAAACCAGAAAAUGAUAAAUCUGAAAAUAUAUCAGAAAAUGAUACAACUGAAAAUAAACCAGAAAAUGAUAAAUCUGAAAAUGGAUCAGAAAAUGAUAAAUCUGAAAAUAGACCAGAAAACUCAGACAAAUCCAACAAGUUAAAACAUCUGCACGGCGACGGACAAACGGAUGAUGAUGAAGUUUCGAAAAAGCGAAAAAAAAGACAUCAAAAUUCGGAGGAAACUUCGUUUUCCGUUUCCAAUAUUAUAAAUGGUGAUGUGCAAACUUGGAAUGUUGCGAAUGUUGCGAAUGUUGUGAAUACUAUGAAUGCUGCAAAUGCUGCAAAUGCUUCAUAUGCUGCAGACAUACCAGUUAAACAAUUGCGUAAAGAAUUAUAUCAAUCUGUAUAUAAUCCUGGAUAUAAUCCUUUGCCGAAUGCACCGCAUAUAUGGGCGAAACAUAGCAAUGCCUUAAACAGAGUAGUAUCAAAACAAACCACGAAUCCACGACGAUGGUCUAAUGAAGAAGUGAUUAAAUUUGUGCAAAGCAUGCCUAACUGUGCAGAAGCUGGGAAUAUUUUUAGACAGAACAAUAUCGAUGGUGAGUCAUUUUUAAUGUUGACUCAAGAGGAUUUGGUAUCGGUACUACGUUUGCGACUCGGCCCUGCCAUUAAGUUGUACAAUAGUAUAGUUUUAUUACGUCAAAAAGCAUCUUGAAUUAAAUUAAAUUAAACGAGCAGCGAAGCAUAUAUCUUUGACUGGCGAGUGAUGUAGCAACUAUUGUGACAGGAUAUAUCGCCUAUUAUUUAUUUAAAACAUUAAAGAAGUGUAAUGUCUAUUUUUUUUGCCAAUAAAUUUCAGAAUUGUUUCUUAACCGAGCGAGCGAGCAUUCGCAAGUGCCUAGUGUUUUGGACAGUUCUGAAAUAAUAUAUAUAUUACCUAAAAUCUUCUAUUUAAAUCGACAAUCGAUAGAGGAAGAGUUAUUACAAAAUCGAAAUUACAUGAUAUGUUUUAAUUUAAUAAUUCUCUGAAUCAAUUAUAGCAUUUCCUGCGAUGCAAUUAGACAUUUAGAACUUGUAGGGCAUUGAUUCAAGUACUUACGACCCGAUGUGACGUAAUUUUUCGUA